UUGUCAAGGAGCAGGUGAGUUGGAUCAAGGCGCUGAUAUCGGACAAAAUGGACUACCUUUACACAUUGAUGGCACUGGCACUGGUCAGUGUGAGCGUUCAUGGCUUCAGCUUGGAAGGAAAUGCAGUCCUCUCGAGAGAGAAGAGGCAGACAGGAGCAUCUUGCAUCAGCAGUUGCAGGGGGCUUCCCAACGGGGACUACCAGUCAUGUGUGUCGUGUCGGUUUUAUGCAACGUGUGACAACGGGCUGCUGCGGGACCGCCGAGAGUGCCCCCCGCGUCAGAUCUGGGAUGACAACCUCAAACGGUGCGAGUUCAAUAGUGCGACCUGUACACUACCUACGAGUAUGACCACGACCAGUGCCACGACGACUAGCGCCACCACCACAAUCCCAACAAGCCCAACGCCCUUCGUUAACCCAUGCAUCACAAGUUGUUCGGGUCGAAGCACUGGAAACUACCAGUGGUGCCAGACAUGUAAGAAAUACCUCACAUGCACCAGCAACAACAUGUACGUCCGUGACUGCCCUCCCUUCUUAAUGUGGGACAACAACAAACAACGCUGCGAGGAAACAUCAACAACAUGCGUAGAACCAACAACGACAACCAGUGCUACGACAACAUCGGCUACAACGACUUCGGCGACCACUACCUCGCCGACUACUACCAGCCCGACGCCUUACGUGAACCCGUGUAUAACCUCCUGUAGCGGACGGGUGGAUGGGGACUACCAGUCUUGCGUAUCUUGCAACGUGUAUGCGACGUGUUUCCAGGGCCAUUUGCGUGACAACCGUCCAUGCCCCGCCGCCACAAGUUGGGAUGACAACUUGAAGCAAUGCACAGGCUUGUCAACUACGUGCUUCUAAAAACAAUCAGCUCCGGAUAUAAGAAACCCAUAGAACCCUGUAAUUGUAAUGUCUGAAAUACAUUCCAUACAAAAUGACUAUCGAAAUUGCAAUUGAUCCCUCAACUCGAAAAGUUAUCACAAUUUCGAGACAAGGGGAGUGAGUGCCUUUAUACAACAGUGGCGAUACAAAGUGAAAGGUAAUGCUCCAUCGUGUAAAAUCAUGUAUCGUGAUAGUAGAGUUUGAGGUACAAAGCUUCAGAUUAACAGAUGGUUGUUUUAACAGUUCUCUGGGUCCAACUUGACUAUUGCCGAAUAUUUAAUUUUUGACAUAAUACAUCUGCAAUUUGAA